GAACCAAUGUCCGUCCGCUCCAGGGUCGGCCGGAUCUUUCUCGCUCAGACUCAUCGCAGCGGUGACUCGGCAGCGGCGUCUUACGUCAUCAGAGACAGCCCCGAUUCUUGCUACGCUUGGCGUCGCUCCGCCAGGAGCAGUCGCUUCCUCCUUGGCAAAUAGUCCUCGGCAGGAUCCGAGUUUCUGGAUAAUCCGAGAGGGACGGCACGAGAAGUUUCAGUGUGGCAACGCAGAAUCAACCAGGAGGAGAAGAUAGGCACCGGAGUUUCUGCAAUAGUGCGUGAAGUUCGUUAAAAACUCCCUCCUUCCUAAGGAUCCCUCCGCCUGCAGUAGCGGUGGUGAGGCCGAGGGAGCCGCCAUUUUGGAUGUUCGGUUCCUGCUGCCACUGCUGCCGCCGCCCCCGGAGCUGCUGGUUUCAUUCGAGGUUUCGGGCCAAGGAUGCCAGCCCCCAUAAGAUUGCGGGAGCUGAUCCGGACCAUCCGGACAGCCCGAACCCAAGCUGAAGAACGAGAAAUGAUCCAGAAAGAAUGUGCUGCAAUCCGGUCAUCUUUUAGAGAAGAAGACAACACAUACCGAUGUCGCAAUGUGGCAAAAUUACUAUAUAUGCACAUGCUGGGCUACCCUGCUCACUUUGGACAGUUGGAGUGCCUCAAGCUUAUCGCCUCUCAAAAAUUUACAGACAAACGCAUUGGCUAUUUAGGGGCAAUGCUGCUGUUAGAUGAAAGACAAGAUGUCCACCUUCUCAUGACCAACUGUAUCAAGAAUGAUCUUAAUCAUAGCACGCAAUUUGUACAAGGGCUAGCACUUUGUACCCUUGGCUGCAUGGGCUCCUCAGAGAUGUGCAGAGAUCUUGCAGGAGAGGUGGAGAAGCUCCUGAAAACUUCCAACUCUUACUUAAGAAAAAAGGCAGCACUAUGUGCUGUUCAUGUCAUCAGGAAAGUUCCUGAACUUAUGGAGAUGUUUUUACCAGCAACAAAAAAUUUAUUGAAUGAGAAGAACCAUGGUGUCCUUCACACAUCUGUAGUCCUCCUCACGGAAAUGUGCGAGCGAAGCCCAGACAUGCUUGCACAUUUCAGAAAGCUUGUGCCCCAAUUAGUUCGUAUUUUAAAGAACCUCAUCAUGUCCGGAUAUUCACCAGAACAUGAUGUUUCUGGUAUCAGUGACCCCUUUUUGCAGGUACGAAUUUUGCGGUUAUUAAGAAUUUUAGGACGAAAUGAUGAUGACUCAAGUGAAGCUAUGAAUGAUAUAUUAGCACAGGUUGCCACUAAUACAGAGACUAGUAAAAAUGUAGGAAAUGCUAUUCUUUAUGAAACAGUUUUGACUAUCAUGGAUAUUAAGUCGGAGAGUGGACUUCGGGUUCUAGCCAUAAAUAUCCUCGGUCGUUUCUUAUUGAACAACGACAAAAAUAUUAGAUAUGUAGCUCUGACUUCUUUGUUGAAGACGGUGCAGACAGAUCAUAAUGCAGUACAGAGACACAGAAGCACAAUCGUGGACUGUCUUAAAGAUCUGGAUGUCUCAAUAAAACGGCGUGCAAUGGAAUUGAGUUUUGCCCUGGUAAAUGGGAAUAAUAUCCGAGGCAUGAUGAAGGAAUUACUUUAUUUUCUGGAUUCAUGUGAGCCAGAAUUUAAAGCAGACUGUGCAUCUGGAAUCUUUCUUGCUGCAGAAAAGUAUGCACCUUCCAAACGGUGGCAUAUAGACACAAUUAUGCGUGUUUUGACAACGGCAGGAAGUUAUGUUCGUGAUGAUGCAGUUCCCAAUUUGAUCCAGUUAAUAACCAACAGCGUAGAGAUGCAUGCCUAUACUGUCCAGCGCUUGUACAAAGCAAUUCUUGGUGAUUAUUCUCAACAACCUUUGGUACAAGUCGCUGCAUGGUGUAUAGGUGAAUAUGGUGAUCUUCUUGUAUCUGGCCAGUGUGAAGAAGAAGAGCCAAUUCAGGUAACAGAGGAUGAAGUGUUGGAUAUUUUAGAAAGUGUCCUAAUCUCUAAUAUGUCCACCUCUGUGACACGAGGUUAUGCCCUCACUGCCAUUAUGAAGCUUUCUACUAGAUUCACUUGUACUGUAAACCGAAUUAAGAAAGUGGUUUCCAUCUAUGGAAGCAGCAUUGAUGUGGAACUCCAGCAGAGGGCAGUAGAAUAUAAUGCACUUUUUAGGAAAUAUGACCACAUGAGGUCUGCCCUACUUGAGAGAAUGCCUGUCAUGGAAAAAGUGACCACAAAUGGCCCCACUGAGAUUGUGCAGACAAAUGGAGAGACAGAACCAGCUCCACUAGAGACCAAACCACCACCCUCUGGGCCACAGCCCACCAACCAGGCCAAUGAUUUAUUGGAUUUAUUGGGAGGAAAUGACAUAACACCUGUUAUUCCAACUGCACCUACAAGUAAACCAGCUUCUGCUGGUGGAGAACUUCUUGAUUUGCUGGGAGACAUCAACCUUACAGGUUCUCCAGCUACUGCUCCUACCCCUGCCCCAGUCCCACAGAUAUCCCAGUCCUCCUUCUUGUUGGAUGGGCUUUCAUCACAGCCUCUCUUCAAUGACAUUGCUGCAGGCAUCCCCUCCAUCACAGCAUAUAGUAAAAAUGGCUUGAAGAUAGAAUUCACCUUUGAACGGUCAAAUACCAACCCCAGCGUCACAGUGAUAACGAUACAGGCCUCUAACAGCACAGAACUAGACAUGACGGACUUUGUUUUCCAGGCUGCAGUACCAAAGACAUUUCAGCUGCAGCUUCUGUCUCCCAGCAGCAGCGUUGUCCCAGCAUUUAAUACGGGGACCAUCACACAAGUCAUUAAAGUUCUGAACCCACAGAAGCAACAGCUGCGAAUGCGGAUCAAGCUUACAUAUAAUCACAAGGGCUCAGCAAUGCAAGAUCUAGCAGAGGUCAACAACUUUCCCCCUCAGUCCUGGCAAUGAGGGUCUGGCACCAUUCUCAUUCUUAUCCCACUCAAUCAAAGGAACUCUGAGAAGAGGUUGUGAUUGCUGGCAAGUCCCCCCAAUUGUACCAUGGGCAUGAGGAGCUGAAGAGAACUGCUGAGGAGGAUUUUCCUAAAGUUAUUGCUGACCUUGAAGCAUUGUUAAAGACUAAUAUCCUCUCCUCCACUGUUGAGGCUGGCUGCUUCUGGAGGCUACUUUGCACUCUUCUUCUUCUUCUCCCUUUUCCGUACUUCUCCACCCCUGCCAAAUUUACAGCCAGAAUCAACAUUCCUUGGGCCCCUGAGGAAAUAAACAGCUGGUCUGGAGGAGAGGACUGGAAUUCAUGGCGAGAAAACACUCACUUUGUCUCUGCAGCAAAGAGUUGCCCCUUCUUUCUACCGUUGUUUCUCUGUGGACUGGGCAAGGUGGGGUAUUUAUUCCUCACUAGCUGGGUUACCAUCUUCAGGCACUUUUUACAUCUGGCAUUCAGAAUGGAAAUGUAACAGUGGACAUUAGGGAGCCCUGCCUUUUUCUACUGGUUCCCCCACUAUUUGAAAGAGGCAUUAGGCUCCUGGUAGCCUUUUCUGUGCAUUGCUGUAUACACACAGACACACAUGUAUGUAUGUAUGUUUGUUAUCAGAAACUGGUCAGACCUUGGGAGGUUAUUUGUAAACACUGGACAGAUGCAGUUAAGAAAGCUUUUGUUGAGAUUUGGGAUGAAGGAUAUGGUGCUCUAUAUUACCAAGGUUCUUCCAGCUCCCCUUUCUCUUCAUUCUUUAGCUGUAGUCAUGAAUACUCUUCAUGAUUUUCAAAAUUGAUUCCUCCUAAAGUGCAAAGAGGACACCUUCUAAAAGGUGUAUUAAUAAUUAUUAAUGGCCCUAUUCCCACCACAAAUUUUAAACUUUCUCCUAAACCUGCAACUUGCCUGUUUGAACUGUGGUGAAAUGGGCGGAAAGAGGAGUUCCCAUUUUAAAGUUUAGACUCCUUUAAAAAAGCACCUUUGCCCAUAGGAAGAGUAAGUACCAGACUCAUCCUGGAGCAUAUUGGAGUCAUCUUAUCCAUUACUCCAAAUUUCCCUUUUUAUUUCCUGAGCCUGGCUUGGACCUUGGCAUUCCGUUUGGAUUCCUUCUUCUAACUGGAACAUUUGUGUUGUAUCUGUAACACUGGCACUGAAAUAAAGACCACACGGUUAAAGAAGUCUUUCCUAUAUUGUACUUUAUGGUGUUGAAAUGAAGCCUUGUAGCUUCCUUGCCCCUAUGUCAGAGGAAGUCUUACAGACACCAUAGGGUAGGGAUGUCCUUUCCUGAGUCUGAGAAAUUGGUCUUGGAAUGAGACCAAUGUCAUGAAUAUCCACAUCAAAGACUUGAGCUUUUUAAAGUAGAGAGAGUGCUGAGUGCUUUGUAGAAAGGACCCUGAUGUUACCAAACCUUAAAAUUGAGUUCUUAGAAUGAGGUAAAGGUGACUCUCCUGUGGUACAUAUUGAAUGUACUUUGUACGUUCGAGUAUACAGGCACCAUGUCUUAAAUACUAAAGAAUAAAGAAAAAAAACGAGGCCCUUAAAAUGUUUGCAAUUGUUACUGUAUUGGGUACAGUAUAAUUACUACAUUGGCUUCAAUCUUAAACCUGGAUGCAAAUACCCUUCCCACUUCAUUUCACCAAGCCUUUACUUAAAAUCUUCAGUGUCUUGUCAAAUCUAGCUCUGUAUCAGAUGCUAGACUACUCCUGACCUUUGACAAACUGCAGUUGAACUAAAGGCUGCAAAGGGGAAUUUUUUGGGUCUUAUUAGUAUAUAAGAGCAAGAUCUGCUAAAACUUAACUCCACUGGUUAAAUGGUUGACUGAGUUAAAAACAGGAUAUGUAUCUCCUGCAUGGUUUUCAGUAAAGAAAGUGUGGAGUAAGUAUGGACUAGUGUGCAUUUCAAACUGCUCUGCCUGUGCAAUGCAAAGUAGCCUGUAAGAGUUCUUUGCAGACUGAUUUCAUUGGAUAGAUACUUAAUGCUGUGAAACAUGAUAGGAUUAACAUAAUGUUGGUGGAUUUCUUGAAUAGAAUUUGUCUUAACAUUCCUCUUUGUGUAGAGGCUUUAUUUUCUUUCUUACAUUUGUAGUUAACCAGCUCAGGUUUUUUAUUUGAACUGAGUUGAAUCUCUGAAGGAAUCUGCUCAAGACCAUGCUAUAAGAUGGUAGUGCUAGCUAAAUAAUGGAGCUGGAGAGGGAGGGUCUACCCUGCUGGCAAAGCAUCUCCUUGGGUGAUCAUAGCUUUGAGGUAGAGUUUAUGAUCAUCCAUAGCUUUGCCUAGGAGGAGUAAAAUAUCCUGGCCUUAACACAAAGGGUGCUGUGUAUAAUAUGAGUUGAUUUUGGAAACUGAACCCGAGUCCAUAUUGAAAGGCUAGCAGCCAAAUAACUGCCUAGGAUACUGAUGGUUGUGAAGACUGUUUCAAACGAUUUUGAAAGCUUCAGUGUGCCUUAGUUUCUAGGAUCAGAAUUUGUUCUCACUUGGCCUUGCAGGGAAAAGGAGAAAUCUCUGUAGUUUCUGUGAACACUUGGACAUUUCAGUAAUUUCUUUCCCAAGUAUAACCAGUCAUUGGGGAGCAAAUUUGGAUUUACAACUUAAGAGCCAUUGUGAGAAAAGAGCAAUUUCCAUGGCUGUUUUAAUAACCUCAGAGUGGUAAGCAGUGAGCCCUCACACUUUGACCCUACUUUGCAAUUUCAGAUACACUCGUACCUCAUUAUUUUCCUCUCGAACAGUAGUUUAUAUCCUCUCUUCCCUCCCAUCCCUGGUGUAAUCCUAAGGGAGAAUCAAAAAACUGUAGGAAGGGUGCUUUCCCUGAGAAGCUUCUCCCACAAUGUUUUGGUGCUGUUACCAUGAGGUGGUUUGGACAGUCAUGGAAGUUUUAUGCUGUGUAUAGUGAUCAUCUGUUAAUUGUAACGCCUUUCUCAUGUAAAGAAACAUUCCUCAAUGUAACAUUUGGGAGGGGAUUCUUACCUCUUGGUAGGUUAAAGGUGUGGUUUGUGCCCCUUGUUUCUCCCAUUCAUAUAUGAAAAUAGAAUUUUAAAACCGUCCAACACUAAUGGUUUGAAUAUUUUCAUCUCCUCUAUAACAUGCUUUCCAUUUUUAUGUCCUUUUAGAAGUUGGAAAUUAGGAAAUACUGCUUUUGAGGUUCAAGUUCAUUAAUUUCUGCUUUGGAAAAUAUUUGGGCCAUGAGAACUGGGGAAAAGGAGUUGAAUGUGUGUAAUUUUUUCUAGCGAAUGUAUUUUAACCACAGUGUCCUAAACUGAGAGCAUUCACAAACUUUGUGGUUGGGGAGUGGUUUUACAUGUCUUGUGUAUUCAUGAAUUUGGGAGUAGGGAGGAUCGUUGAGGAAUGAAUUGUUCAGAAAGUCCUGAAGUUUAAGUAAAACACUUUUGACCAGCUUUGGCUUGGGUGGGUGGGGCUGCUUGUAGAACUGGAAGUGAAUAACUUUUUUUCCAGCAAUAGCAGUGAGUGGGUCCCGUCAACAAGGUUUUAGGACCUGGAACACUUAAACAGAAGAAAAUGCUGAAGCAGCUUGCACAGUUGAUUUGCAAACUUCCAUGAGGCUGAUACUGGCUUCCAAGAUGGAGCAUCAGAGUUUUUUGUUUGUUUUUUAAAAGAACCUGCAGUUGAGCUUUGUGUUUUGUUUUUGUUUUCUUUUGGGGGGCUUCAUGGGAAAGAGCUGAAUUCUUUCCUUUGUGAAUUCCCACUGUGUUCCUGUAAAGUCCCUUUUCUUUCCUAAUGUUGUAAGUUACAUUUUCAUUAAGCCCCACCACAUCUUCUUUACUGUAAAAAUAUUAAAAGGCUGUUUCCAUGUGGGACAGCUAAUGAAGUUCUAAUUAUUGCAGACAUAUUUUUGAGAUGUAAAAAAAAAAUUUAAAAUUAAAUGAUAAGUCUUAGACGCGAGUGAGGAAUUAAAAUGGAUGUAAACAUUGACAUGGGAUGCAUUAGAAUUCUGUGUGUAUUGUCUUUUGGUUGAAACAAAUUAUGAACAGUGACUAAUAAUAAAAAGUCAAUACUCAAUGAUUUAAAA